AUCUCAACUAUAGCUUUCUCUUUCUCAGUUUCAGGCAUGGAGAUUCUGCGGUCUAACAGAACCAGCAAAUGGAAGAAGAAAGGCUCUCAAAUUCCAACAUCAACCCCCAUCCUCCCUAUAUUCAUCCUCUCCAUUGUUGUCUCUCUCACAUUUUUCUUUUCAUACAGACAUAUUUCAAUCGGCUAUCGACCGUCCCACUCCCAAUGCGGCUCCCUGCCAAAAACCCUGUCUGAUGAGCGAUUUCUCUUGUACGCGCCUCACAGUGGAUUCAGCAAUCAGCUUUCGGAAUUCAAGAACGCGAUGUUGAUGGCCUCGAUACUGAAUCGAACUCUAAUUGUACCUCCUAUUCUAGAUCACCACGCUGUUGCUCUCGGCAGUUGCCCCAAAUUUAGGGUUUUGAAUCCCAACGAACUCCGUCUUUCUGUUUGGAAUCACUCGAUUGAGCUUCUCCGAAGUCGCAGGUAUAUAUCCAUGGGUGAUAUAGUUGAUCUGCGAUCCCUCGUUUCUUCUUCAAUUGUUAAAAUGAUAGAUUUUCGACGGUUUGCAUCCACCUGGUGUGGCGUGGACUUAACCUCGUUCUGCUCUGAAGAUUCAACAUUAGAAUCAAAACAAUUUGAUGCCUUUAGACAGUGCAGAAGUCUACUGUCUGGAUACUCAGGUAAUAUUGAGAAUUGUUUAUAUGCUGUUGAUGAAGACUGCAGAACAACAGUUUGGAUUUAUCAGAAAGGUGAAGAAGAUGGGUCUCUUGAUUCAUUUCAACCAGAUGAACAACUAAAGAAGAAGAAGAGAAUUCCAUAUGUUAGAAGGCGUCAAGACGUCUAUAAAGCACUUGGACCUGGUUCCAAAGCUGAACCAGCCUCUGUUCUGGCAUUCGGUACUCUUUUCUCAUCAGUUUAUAAAGGCUCCGAGUCAUACAUCGAUAUCCACGAGUCUCCAAGAGAUGAAAAAUUGCAGGCGUUAAUUGAAAAGAUUAAGUUUCUCCCUUUUGUCCCUGAAAUCACCUCUGCAGGGAAAGAGUUUGCUUCUACGAUUAUCGGAUCACCUUUUCUAUGUGCACAGCUUAGGUUGUUAGAUGGACAGUUCAAGAACCACUGGAAAUCUACUUUUCUUGGUUUAAAACAAAAAAUCGAAGUAUUAAGUCAUGACAAUACUCCUCGGCCAAUCCAUAUCUUUAUAAUGACUGAUCUUCCACAAGCUAAUUGGACAGGAACAUACUUAGAAGAGCUAGCUAGGAAUUCCGAUUCCUUUAAGCUGCAUGUUCUAAAGGAAGAAGAUGAAUUAAUCACGAAAACUGCUAAAAAGCUUGCAGAUGCUGGGCAUGGAAUGAAAAUUGGUUUUUCAACUCCACAAAGGUUAGAUGAGAUGAAUAACUGCUCUCCUGCAUCUCUUUCCGAUAUACUUUUGUACAUUGAAGAAACUGUAUGUAGCUGUGCUUCACUUGGUUUUACUGCUACUGCUGGAUCAACAAUUGCAGAAAGUAUAGAUCUUAUGAGAGAGCAUCAGCCAUGUAGUGGUUAAAUCUUAUAUCCCACUCACAUAGUGUAACUCAAGUGAUAACUGUCUUAAAAUUAAAAGGUUUCAAGUUUGAUUCCAACUGAAAACAGGAUGAUUGAAAUGAGAAUGGGAUCAUGACGGUGUUAAUCUUAUCGGUAAUCUGGAGAUUCCUUCAGGCGAUUUUUUUCCUUACAUUUGUACUUACACUUUGACUUGCAAGAUAUCAUGAAGAUUAUAGGAUCUGGAUUGUGGUGGCCAAAUGGCUGGUGAAGUUGCAUUUUGGCUAAGGAUGUAAGAACACAUGAAACUCUUUUACUGAUUAUUGCAGUUUGUAUAUAGCAUAUUUCAUCUCCAUAACCAUGAAGUCAAGUUGAAUUGGUUAGAGCUUGAAAUCAAGAUUGUGAAAGACAAGAAUUUUGCAGUUUGGUUGUUAUUCUCUUUUGUUUAUUUGAAUGAUUAUCAAAUAAUGGAUUGCUAGGAAUGAGUAUCAAUCUGUAUAAUCCUUACAUAUAGAAGUCACAUUUCUUCAAAUUUGUCUCUGAAAAACAACUUGAAUAAUUGUAUUAGACGAGUAAGUCUUUAUGAGUGAUUCACUCGUGCUCAAAGUGAAUCACCUAAUUUCAGUGAUGUGAAUGAAUUGACUAUAUUCAAAUUUCAUGUUGGAUCGAGCAACUUGUUCUUUGUUUUUCUAUGUAUUAUGUCUGUCCUGAUGGCAUAUUCAUGUUGGAUUAUUUUUUCUUGUGCAAUUUUGUUAUGAAGUUCAUAAAAUUAAU